GAGUUGUUUUCUGUAUUUGUAUCCAAUUGAUCUUUCUCAUUAGUAAUAUUUUACCUUAUUUCUUUCUUGCAUACUUCAUGCUUCUAGGUUGUCAUAUAAUAUGGCCUCUAUGGAUUAUGCUGGUGCACUUUUUUAAUCGAUGAUGAAAUUGGCAUUACAAUAUCCACAUAAUUCUGAUAGUGAAUUGUGUGGAAAUGUUGCUAACGUCAUCAAAUUGUGGAAAGACCUUUUGAAGCCCUUUAUUUGCAUAUAGUUGAUGGGAUUGAAGUGAUUCUAAAAUUUGAAGAAUUGUGUCUGGAAUCCACUACGGAGUUAUCUUCAUUGUUUGGAUGAUUUUGCGUCUUUUCCAUGACAAUGGCAUCCUAGAACAAGAUACAAUUUUCAAGUGUGCUGAGAAAAAGAAAGAGGCUGAUGAAUCAGAUCGAGUUUUGUUAAGCAGUCAGCCGAAUUCCUGGAAUUGCUGAGAGAAGCGUCAAUGUCUGAAGAGGUGACAAAAACUUCAGUGUAACAGGGAUACCACAUCAUAAGAUCAUUUGCGAUAUCUCUAAUCAAUAGAAAACUGACAUUUUAACAAAUUUAGAGACACCUCAACAUAAAGCCUGUGUGGUAGGGGGAACAUUUGAUGUGGCAUGAGAAACCCAUCUGCCAUAGGAUGAGAAAGCUGACAAAAACUUAAUGUGUACGUUCUCUAUUAGUUGGGGAUACCACGGCAUGGUAUAUCCCUUACUAUGAAGAUGUACAUUGGCAGCAAUUUUUCAGGAGCUUUUGGGAAUCAGCAGUUCACUUUUUAACGUAUCCAAUUUUGCUCUUUAGUCUCGGAAGGAAAUCAAAUUACUUACCAAUGUUAUGUAUGAUAGAACUUGGAAAAAUAUUUCCAUAUCCACAUUGGCUGCUGUUU